UUCCAAACAGUGACUUAACUUUUCCCGGAACAAUUCCAGAUGUCAUGUUGCAGGCUAUAGGAUGAAACCCCAUCAUUAUGGGAUGCUGUAACAUUUUUCCCUGGACUCCAUCACCUCUCAUCUACAGUGUGAUGCCUUUCUGUCCAUUUCCAUCUGAAGUCCACAGUCACUUCUUGUUUUCCUCAUUUUCUCGUGUCUUUGUUUCCUCGUUGACGUCCCGGCCUGAACUCUUUUUUCCUUUGGCUCGGGUGGGGAGGUGGAAAACAAGCGCUGUGAAUGUCAUCAUUAAUCUGCUUUCCAAACAAAUGAGUGAGGCCUGGCGGGGGGGUCCACAGGGAUCUGGCUCUGCUUGGACUUCAUAGGAGCUUUUUUCUCUGUGGACCCAGGAAACACGACAGAUGAGGAGAGUGGGAAGAAGCUAAGAAGUGAUUCUUUUUGGGUUUCUGAAGACCUCAGCUGCACAUCAGAUGUGAGGGGGGUCACGGAGGCCAGCAGGGGGAGCCCUGACUGGAGUGAUUCUCAGAGGGCAAUCAGCCUGGAUGCAGCAGAACGCCUGGCGGAGCCGUCUGCCACGUCUUUGAUCCGCAGCACAGCUGUGGAAGACCUGACAUCCAUCGGCGACAGAAAGGCACGGGUUAACCCGGAGGAGGAGCAGGUGUCUGAGCGGCUAGAGGAAAGUUUAGCACAAUCAGGCUUUGGCUCAGGUUCAGAGGGCCUCCACCAGGGCCUCUGCAGAGGGAACUCAUCUGAGGGCGACUGCCUGUGUGCCAGGCCACCAUGUGACCCAGGGGCUGAAAACAGCCAUGACUCACGGCUACACAGGGCCGGCUAUUCAGAGCCUGACACUUCCGAUGACUCAGAGAUGAGGCCCGCAGCUCAGGCCACCGGCGCUGCUCAGCUCCAGAAACCCCCAUCAGCCAGAAAGUCUCUGGUGCCGGUGGCUGUUUCCAAAGCUCAAGGAAAAACAGAAAAUGAAGUUAAGACCCAAACUGCCACCUCACCUGUCUCCUCCCCCAAAAGACCAUCUGUAGUAACCACGGCCUCCACCCGAAACGGCCACAGCUCCAUCCCCGUUAAAACCAGCCGCUCGGGGCCCGGGCACGCCAGUCCUGGAGGAGCAAAGCCUCAGGUGCGAGGAGCCAAACCUCCGACCAAAACUGCAGCUCCGGAUGCCAGGAGUGGACAGAGCAGCCCUGGAACCCCCAAAUCGCCCGCUAGCCAAGCCCUCUCUGCGGCAGAGGCCAACAAAGUCAAGAAGGUUGCAGUCGUGCGCUCCACCUCAAAGUCUCCGGCCUCCUUGAAGAGCCGUUCGCCGGCUCCGCUGGCUGCUGCGGCGCCCAUGCCCGACCUGAAGAACGUCAGGUCCAAGAUUGGCUCCACGGAGAACAUCAAGCACCAGCCAGGAGGUGGAAAGGUUCAAAUCCUGGAGCAGAAGCUGGACUUAAGUAAUGUGCAGGCGAAGUGUGGCUCCAAAGACAAUAUCAAACACCAACCCGGUGGAGGCAAAGUCCAAAUCCUUGACAAGAAGCUGGACUUAUCAAGUGUCCAGUCCCGCUGUGGCUCUAAAGACAACAUAAAGCACACACCUGGAGGAGGAAAGGUUAAAAUACUUGAGCAGAGGUUGGACUUUAGUAAUGUCCAGUCUAAGUGUGGCUCCAAAGACAAUAUCAAACAUGUUCCUGGUGGCGGCAAUGUUCAAAUUUAUGAGAAGAAGUUGGAUUUGAGCAGUGUGCAGUCCCGGUGCGGCUCCAAAGAUAACUUAGGUCAUGUUCCAGGUGGUGGCAAUGUUCAGAUUGUCCACAAAAAGAUCGAUUUGAGCACCGUCACCUCAAAGUGUGGAUCAAAAGCCAACAUUCAUCACAAACCAGGUGGAGGAAACAUUGAGAUUAAAAGCGAGAAGCUGGAGUUUAAGGUCCAGUCGAAAAUCGGCUCUCUGGACAACAUCAAACACGUUCCUGGAGGCGGGGCUAAAAGGAUCGAGUCCCACAAGCUGACCUUCCGUGAGACGGCCAAGGCCCGCACCGACCACGGCGCCGAGAUCGUGUCUUUGGAAGACUCCCCCCACCAGCUCAGCACCGUGUCCUCCUCAGGCAGCAUCAACAUGGCGGACUCUCCGCAGCUCUCCACGCUGGCCGACCAGGUGUCCGCCUCUCUGGCCAAACAGGGCUUGUGAGCGCGUCCGCCGCGCGACGGCGUGGAGGAGUUCUUCUGCCUUCCUCCUAACUCUCACAGGACUUUUUUUUAGCUGCCCAUCUUCACUGGUGAUCCUCUGCUAACCUUCUCCAGGCUGUUAGGUCCUAAAAGAAUAAGUAGGCCGAAAUUUCUUUGAUUUGUCUCUGUGGAUCCUCCUCUCAUUUUCUGUGGUGACCCUUUAAGACGUAAGGCGCCCCAGCAGAACCAAACCCUCGUGAAUUGAAGAAGUGAUUUGACCUCAGCACACGUCCUGCUACAUAGAACUCCUGUCAGAUCUCACCUUUCCAUGGGCGUCUGCUUUUCAUUUCCCCUUAAAACGCAGGAGAAUGCAGAAUGUUUGGUGAGGGAACAGCUACAGGGUCAAACCGCUUUUAGGAAAAAAACAAACAAAAAAAAAUAAUGUUGAGGCAGGAAAAUGCUUCUUGGACCUCAGUGCUGUCUCUGCUUGGUGUCGUCCCGGCGUGCUGCGCCUCCAGCUGCGGGGGGGUAACGGGGGCAAAAAAAAAAAACAAGCCGGCUGAGAAGAGCCGCCGUCUGUGUGAAAGCCAGCGAGCGCCCGAAAGGACUGCAGGGGGCUCCAGCUUCCCCCAUCCCAGCAUCCCUAAGGUUCCCAGAAUGCUUUGCGGUCUCAUCCCUUCAGUGCAGAAACAUUUAGGAAUUCAGAUCAUUUUGGAGAAGAAGUUUUACAAAAACUGACCUACUUUCCAAAAAUGGGCAUAUGGGCGGGGCAAACACACCCACAAAGUCACUGAAGCGUUUUUGGUUAUUCUGCAUGUCAAACAAAAAGCCACGCCCCAAACAAAGAAUUUUGAUCUUAAACGCAAAAAAAGGUAUUUUUUGCAUUAAACAAGUCGUGUUGAGGUGCUGGUUCUAAUCCCACAAAUGCAAAAGGGAAGCGAUGCGAGUGACUUGAACCCAGAUGCUGCGGCUCACUUGUGCAGACUCGUUUGUUCUAGUGACCAGCAAAUCUUCAGUGUUUGUACCGUUACCAUAGAAACAGGGUCUACAAGUGAGGACUGGUGACUGGACUUGAGCCCGUCAUGAAGUGACUAGAGUGACUUGUGUUGUGAUUGCAGUGACUUGUGUUGUAAGAGAUCAUUUUGGACUCCAUCUCGGAACCGUCAGAUCUAGACUUGGACUGGUACUUUUGAGACUUGAAACUUGGGACUUGUGUCAAACGUCUUUCAAAUAGUAUGAAGGAGUAAAGACUUGUACCAAAAAGACUUGGGCUCCAACUUGCACCACUGUUCUAAGACUUCAGACUCGACUUGGUUGACCGUUCACCUUCUAGAGUAACUAAAGAGUAAACUUGUACUCAUGACACCUAAUCUCUAAUCUCUGACUUGAACAGGUGCUUUUAAGACUUGAGGCUUGACUUGGACUUGGGUCAGUUCUUGCUGCCACAAUAGCCCUUGUGGGAGAAGGGUGCAUUCCAACUCGCAAUCAGCAAAAAAGCCUCGACUAUCUCCUUUUUUGUACUCACUAGACUCAAGUCCUGACUUGGACUGGUGCUUUUAAGACCCGAGUCAGUUAGGUCUUACAUAGUUAUUUAUCAUAGACUUUAGUUCUGACAAGGACUUGAGAGACUUGAACUCGACUACCUUGGGGGUCUAGUUUUGCCUCUCAACUAAUGGACCCAACCCAUCCUUGUUCUUGUAGAGGCGCGGUGGGCGUGGCUUCAGUGCAGUGGCUGCUGUUUGCUCUGAAUGAAACAGGUCAGUAGCUGAUCAGGUUUCCUCUCUGAAAGACCCCUCCCACCGGGACUUGGAGUUUAGCCGUUUGGACCUGCAGACCUAAGACUCGAAAGGGAACUAGAAUUGGUCCCUCCUGAAACACAGACCCCAUUUGUGAGGAUGCUGGUGUGGGAUCUGGUUUAGAAGUGGCCCUGAAAGUGCAGAGAAGCUCCGCCUCUCAGGUUCGUGACGCGUUCGCUGGCUUUGACAGGAAGGACUCGGCUUCUCAGCAGCUGAAUUUUUGCCUCCAACAGAAACGGCUAGACUAGGAACCUUUGCUUUGUGUUGGGCACAGUUUUAUAAUCUUCUGUGGAUAUGACAUGUAUUUGAUAUGGAAAAAAACAGACAUUUGUAUUGUGCCUGCUGCUGUUAGUGUAUUUUUUUUUACUGCUCUCAUUGUAAAUGUGCUACAGCUUGCUACGUGUCAUUUCUGAGUCCAUGGGUUGUGCUUGUCGCCGCUUUCAGUAUUCAAACUGCCAUACGCACUAAGGAUAGGCAAAAUAUUGUUUAUUAGUUAUGAAAGAUCCUAAACAUAGGGAGGUUGCAACAGGAAAAAAAAAAGUAUUCCUUUACUGCCUUUGAAUCUAGAGCAUCACUUUAAGGAUAGAAAAGCUGCAGCAUGAGGAAAAAAAAAAAAAACUAUUCCAGCAGAAUUACUGUUGCCGAGCGUCAGAGGGACAAACUGUACAGCACCAAUUCACUAGAGCUCACGAACGUCCCUGAAUGCAACACCGUGUUUCGUUGUCCCCAACACUUUGCCACCUGGUUGGCCAAAAUAAGAGCGCGUCGUUCUCCGCAGCUGAAGGGACUUUCAAAAUAAAAGCAUGCUCUAGAUUCUCCCUCCUGCAAACGACUCGGCCCUAAAUGAUAGAGGCGUAGUUGUUCCUGCGUUCUUUUGGACCGUGAACUCAUCCUGCUGUAUUGCUAGUAAUCUAUGCCAGGCGCUCACAAGUGCUUAUGCAUGCACGUCUUCAAAGGCCGACCUCCUCAUGCAUUCUAAAGAUGUUUAUACUGGAUUUACUCGCUGAAAGGGUUUUGGUGUGCAAAAUUUCCACAUUUGGUUUAACUCUGGGUGUUUGUCACCUAAUCUGCAUGCAGGGGUUGUUUUUAUCUUUAUUUUGUUUGCAGUAGACCAUGCUUCUCUGAAUGCAGGACUGAAAUGGGGUUGGUUCCAGGACUCGCCGCCCUCCUUCCUUCUGACGCUGUACAGUUGUGGAAAUGUGGCUGUCGUCAUUGUGCAUCUGAUCAAUAACUGAUUCUUGUUGCUGUAUAUGUGUAUUUGAAAUAAAUGCUACGAAGUCGGU